GAAAUCUGAUGCCAACAUGACCAGUGAGGAAUCCAUGGAUGUUCCAAGUGUGGAAUCUGGGAAAAUGUCUCAGAGGUCAUCUGUGCCAGAUCAACAGCUGGUAUCAAUCGCUGUUGAUAAAGAAAAAAGUUCUGAAGGCGACAGGUGUUCAAUUUGUGGAAAAAGAAAUUGUCCUUCAGAUCCUAAACUGCGUUCGAAAAUAACCACUACCAGUGAGAAAUCCACAGAUGUAACAACUGCAGAAGCUGAAAAAUGUCUCAGAGUUCAUCUGUGCCAGAUCAACAGCAGGUGUCAGUUGCUAUUGCUGAAGAAAGAUCUUCUGAAGGCGACAGGUGUUCGAUUUGUGGGAAAAGAAAUUGUCCUGCAGAUCCUAAACUGCGUUCGAAAAUAAGCCAAAUGCCCAUGCCCCAAAAGUCACUUGUUGGGAAACCAAAGUCUCCACGAAAGUCCAAGUUCUCCCAGGUUAAUGUUAUGAAGGUGAAGAAGACGAAGACUCCAUUCAAACACUGCAUUUAUACUCGAAGUUUAACAAACAGAUUGGCUAAACGCAUCGCUAAUCACACACCACUUCAUGUCUUCAAGUUAAAGGGUCAGCUCUUCAAAGCAGUGGAAGAUGGAGAUGUGGUAAAAGUGCAGGAAUUAAUACAAGAUACAGGAGCAGCUGUGAGGAAAAACAAGAGCAGAUGCACACUCCUUCACACUGCAGCGUCUCACAACCAAGCGGAUGUGGUGAUGUUUCUGCUGAAAUUGAUCAGUCCCAAUAUUACCAACGAGGAGGGACAGACUCCAGCUCACGUGGCCGCUGAAAAGGGUCACACGCAAGUGCUGAAACUUUUAAUGAGUGACUCUGACUUCGAUGCCGACAAAGGGAUAAUUGCCACAACACAGUAA